AUGGCCGAAGGAGAGCGGGAUAGCUUUGACAAGCCGUGCACCAAAGUUGCACAAAACGAGGCCAAGAUUCGGUCUGCCAAGCGCCACUUCAAGAAGAAGGACAUGGAGGAAGUCAAGGAGGUUCUCUUGGACAAACUGCCAAACGCUUGGCUGCCAACAUUGGCGGGGCAUGUGUUGUCCCAAUCUAUGGUGUGGAAAGAUAUCUAUCUCCAGCAUGAUGAUUUGGCAGGAUUACCACGGUCCCAGGACGUCUUCCGGAAAAUUGAACAGGACCCAUGCCUCUCUUUGGAUAUUCCCAAGCCACGAGCAACAGCUGGUGGGGUGUUGCAACACAGUAUCAAUUUAUUUGAGAAGCUGUUGGAAGCAAACAAACCCAUGUCGUUUAAGUUUGGGAUCACACAUGAUCCUGCCAUCAAGUGGCACAAUUCCACCUUUGGAUAUAAGGUAUCAAGGGAGAGGUUCCAGCAUUUGAUCGCCAUUUAUGCAGCUUCGAAUCCUCAUGGACCAGCAUUUUUGGAGGCGGCCAGUUGUGUCAGCCAGAUCCUCACAGCGCAAGCUGUGGCUGCUGAUAUGGGAGAGGGGCGAUCGGCUAGCUGUGGGGUGGACAAGUGGGCAUCCUGCAACUUGCGACAUUCAGAAAGGGAUGCCCAGCGAACUAUGAAAAAACAAGGGACAAAACUAGAUGUACCUAUCACAUCAAUUUCUUGCGAUGGUGUGAACCUUCCAUGGAUUGCCCCUCAGACAUGGCUACGUUUUGUCAUCAAGAAGGGGCUUUGGCCAGUGAUGGCUGGAUGCGAUCGUUUUGAUCAUGAUGGGGCCCGUCGCAAUUGGUCUGAUUUUUGGACUGAAUAUAAGAAGGUCAACCCUGGUUUUGAACUUUUUAGCAUGCCAAAUGUGGACCUGUCUAGAACUGCGGCAUGGUUGGUGCAUGGGGAUGAGGGCAGAACACUGAAGAAAAAUGGGAUUAUGAUAACAUCUCUACAAAGUGCCCUUGGCCGUGGUUAUGAUGAGAAAAGGGUGGCUGGUCCUCCAGGCAAAUUGCGAGUUAAUUUUGCUGGUCAUUCUUUUACAACAAGAUACAUUGUCAGUGCUACUCCGAAGACUGUUUAUGAGUCUACACCGGAAGUUUUCCACAGUAGCAUUGAGCAUGUUGCCAAGUCCCUCAGCAAGUGCCUCCAUGAGGGAUUUGUGGAUGUUGCAACUGGUGAAACAUUCAGGGUGGCAGUCUUGGGUGUCAAAGGGGAUGCUCCUUACCUUGCAAAGGUAGCUCACUUCUACAGGUCAUACAACACUACAGCUAAGCGAGGAGAAGAGCGUGGCCCCCCGAAGGGCAUUUGCCCUUAUUGCCUUGCAGGGACAAAUGGUUUUCCAGCCGAAGAACUUUCAACACUGGAACCUCGUUGGUUACGAACGAUUGGGGUAAAGCUUCCAUGGGUGCGUUGUCCAUCGCUCAUCCAAAAUCUUGUUCAUGACCGUGGGGAUCCGGCAGCUUUCUUUAAGACUGACCUGUGGCAUGUUGUGCAUCUUGGUUUUGGUCGCAGCUGGGUGGCUAGUGUGAUUCAACUUUUGCUGAGUUACUUGCCAUGUGCAAACCUUGAUGAAAAAUGGGAUUACCUUACGACACACUACUUGCGUUGGUGUACUGCAAACAAACGACAAGCACAUGUGGCAAAAAUAACUGGAUACCUCAUGUCUUAUGGUGAUUCCAGUGGAGCUAUGGGAAAUUGGCAUAAAGGAGCACUCACAAGCAAUUUCAUGCAUUGGUUGAUCGACUUAUUGGGUGACGUGCGGGGUGAACCUGGUGGCUUGUUGGUGCAGUGCAGAUCGGCUACGUAUCGCAUGAAUACAAUGUUUAGUCUUUUGUACCGUGCCGGUGCUUUUCUAUCUGAACAAGAAUGCUCCUUCGUGUCAGAACAAGGGCUUCAAUUUUUGAAGACCUACUCAAUGUUGGCUGGACGUAUGUUUGGGGCCAGCAAACAGUGGAUGUUUCCCCUGUAUCCGAAGCUACAUAUGUUUCACCAUCAGAUGCUGGAGAUCAGGUUUCUUGGCAAUUCCGUGAAAACAGCAGUCAGUCCGAUGAUGUUCGCAUGCCAGAUGGAUGAAGAUACUGUUGGAAGAAGUUCCAGGCUCAGCCGUCGUGUCAACAUACGACGUGUUAGUUUGAGAACGCUGGAUCGUUACCUUGUCAGUGCAUAUGCUGCCCAUGCAAAAGCGGGCCUGCUGGUCUAG